GCAGGCUUCAUUAUAGAGAAAAUUUCUGGAAGCGUUGGUCGAAGGAUAUUAAAGUAUACAUAUAUUUGAAGGAUUUUUGUGAAUUUAAGCAAUAUUUUUUUGUGAAAAUGACGGAUAUAAAGUCCUUUUUUCAUGAGUGGUGUACUAAAAAUAGAUCUGAACCGCAAUAUAAUGUGAGAGCCACCGGUCCCAAGCAUCGUCAACGUUUCCUAUGUGAAGUUAGAAUUGAUGGUUUGCCGUAUGUGGCUGUUGGAAACUCGACGAAUAAAAAAGAUGCGGAGCGAAAUGCUUCAAGAGAUUUCGUAAAUUUUCUGGUACGUAGUGGCAAGCUGAAUCCACGUGAUGUCCCAGCCGAUGCCGGGGUUGCGGCUGCACCAGUUCCGGAAGUGAUGUCGAACGUCGGCGGCAACGGAAACGGGGAAGGUGGUGGUCCUCAAAAUCGGGUGUUUGAUCAAAAUUCGGGACCACAAGAGUUGGGUCAAGCUUAUCGCCCAAUAGACAACCGUCGUGAUUAUAAUCCAAUUGAUCGCGCUCAGGAACAAUUGGACAUGAAAGAGGCUGAAUCGAUUGAUGUAAAUGCGGCCAUUCAUGGUAAUUGGACUAUAGAAAAUGCCAAAGCUAAACUUCAUCAAUUCAUGCAAAUGAAUAAAAUAACCGCGGAUUAUAAGUAUACCCCAGUUGGCCCCGAACAUGCAAGGAGCUUUAUGGCUGAAAUGCACAUUUAUGUUAAUCAGCUAAAACGUACGAUUACGGCACGUGAAACUGGAUCGAAUAAGCAGUCGGCUAGCAAAUCUUGUGCCCUUUCAUUGGUUCGCCAACUUUAUCACUUGGGUGUGAUUGAGGCUUUUACAGGCACUCUGAAACAACGUAAGGACGAUGAAGAGUUAACGCCCUAUCCGGUCAAGGUGGCGCCCGAACUCCAGCAGAAGAUCGAGGAGGUUAUUAAUGAGAUGAAUUUACCAAUUAUUAAUAUAAAUAACAUUAAACCCGAUCCAGAGACGAACAUCAUCAGUUUACAAUUAAACACAAAUAAAGAUGUCAAUCGUCAGCGCGGGGAAUCGCAGCCAAUGGUUUCAUCUAUUGUACCAUGGGCUCCACCACAACCGAACUGGAACGCAUGGAAUGCCUGCAAUAUUGAUGAAGGUUACUUAGCUACGGCAUCGCUAGAUGAUCUUUGUUCAGACUUAGAAAAGUCAGCAAAAGAUAAACGCGAAUUCAAUACGGAAUACCAGAAGUUUUUAGAAUUUCGUCAGAAAUUACCCAUUGCCUCUAUGCGCAACGAAAUAAUGGACGCUAUAAAUGAAAAUUCCGUCGUCAUUAUACGUGGUAAUACCGGUUGCGGCAAGACUACACAAAUUGCCCAAUAUAUUCUAGAAGAUUAUAUUUCAUCUGGCCAGGGUGCCUAUUGUAAUAUUUACGUAACUCAACCUCGUCGUAUAUCGGCUAUUUCGGUAGCUGAACGUGUGGCAAAUGAAUCAUGUGAAAAUUUAGGCGAAUCUGUGGGUUAUUCCGUGCGUUUUGAGUCGACUUUCCCGCGACCUUAUGGUGCAAUUCUAUUUUGCACUGUGGGUGUGUUGCUGCGCAAACUGGAGGCAGGGCUACGUGGCAUAUCGCACAUCAUUGUUGAUGAAAUUCACGAACGUGAUGUUAACAGCGACUUUCUGUUGAUUAUUCUCCGCGAUAUGGUUCAUACUUAUCCCGAGUUGCGUAUUAUCCUUAUGUCUGCUACAAUCGAUACCACACUUUUCUCGGAAUAUUUUGGCAACUGUCCAGUACUUGAAGUGCCCGGACGUGCCUAUCCUGUUCAACAGUAUUUCCUUGAAGAUUGUGUGGAGAUGACAAAAUUCGUUCCUCCGCCAGACUCGCGCAAACGAAACAAAGAUAAGGACGAUGAAGAGACUGCCAUUCUGAAGGAAAAUGGCGAUGAUCCCUCUGACCAGAAUCUCAAUAAAGUGGUCGAUAAUUCAUACUCACAACAAACUAAAGCAACCAUGGCAGCUUUGUCCGAAUCAGAGUGCUCAUUUGAAUUGAUCGAGUCGUUGUUGUCACAUAUCAAGUCCAAGAACAUACCGGGAGCGAUAUUGGUGUUCUUGCCUGGUUGGAAUUUAAUUUUUGCCCUAAUGAAAUACUUGCAAAAUUCAAACCAAUUUGGUGGCCCACAAUAUCGCAUACUACCAUGUCAUUCUCAAAUUCCAAGAGAAGACCAACGUAAAGUUUUCGAACCGGUACCAGAUGGUGUGACAAAGAUUAUCUUGUCGACAAACAUUGCCGAAACAUCCAUUACCAUAGACGACAUCGUGUUUGUAAUUGAUUUGUGCAAGGCUCGUAUGAAAAUGUUCACCUCACACAACAAUCUUACCAGUUAUGCCACGGUUUGGGCAAGUCGUACCAAUUUGGAACAACGCAAAGGCCGAGCCGGUCGUGUACGUCCAGGCUUCUGUUUUACCUUAUGCUCGAAAGCUCGUUAUCAAGCACUGGAAGAGUAUUUGACCCCUGAAAUGUUCCGUACUCCGUUGCAUGAGAUGGCUUUGACUAUUAAACUAUUGCGCUUGGGCACAAUACAUCAGUUCUUGUCGAAGGCCUUGGAACCACCUCCAUUGGAUGCUGUAAUUGAAGCCGAAGUGUUGUUGCGUGACAUGCGUUGUCUGGAUAACAACGAUGAGCUAACGCCAUUGGGUCGCAUUUUGGCCAGGCUACCCAUUGAACCAAAGUUAGGUAAAAUGAUGGUAUUGAGUACUGUAUUUGGUUGUGCAGAUAUUACAGCUACCAUGGCCUCAUACUCGAGUACAUUCUCUGAAAUCUUUGCUUUGGAAUUGGGACAGAGGCGUUUACAGAAUCACCAAAAAGCUCUUGGUGGCAAUAAGUGCUCCGAUCAUGUAGCUAUGAUUGUGGCAAAACAAAUGUGGGAGUCUGCCCGCCGCAAAGGAGAUGAUGAGGAGAUACGGUUCUGUGAGUGGAAAGGUUUACAAUUAUCCACUAUGCGAGUGUUGGCCGAAGCCAAAAAUCAACUCCUGGACUUGCUCGUGCAAGCUGGAUUCCCCGAAGAAAGUAUGAUUUCCACCCACGUUAAUGCCAAUGCCGAUGACCCCCAACUAGAUGUUUCCAUAGCCUUGUUAUGUAUCGGCCUAUACCCGAAUAUUUGCUAUCACAAAGAAAAGCGCAAAGUUUUGACCACAGAGUCCAAGGCGGCUCUUAUCCAUAAAACAUCGGUUAAUUGUAGUAAUUUAGCAGUAACAUUCCCAUAUCCCUUUUUCAUUUUUGGAGAAAAAAUACGCACACGAGCUGUAUCCUGUAAACAAAUGACCAUGGUUUCGCCAUUACAUCUGCUAUUAUUUGGAAGUCGUAAAAUUGAUUUGGUUAAGGAUAAUAUUGUGCGAGUAGACAAUUGGCUUAAUUUCGAAAUGGAUCCACGCUUGGCCGCGUCCUUGGCAGCUUUAAAACCUGCCAUCGAAGACCUAAUAACAAAGGCAUGUGAUGAUCCUGCUGAGAUUUUGAACAUGAGUGAAACAGAAGGAAAAUUGGUACAGGUUAUAAAGGAGCUGUCGGUAAUGACAGCGGGCGAUUUCGAAAUACAGCGUGAGAAGGGUAUUAUGCCAUUCCAAAGCCGCGGUCCACCUGGAGGUGGAGACGGAGGACCCAAUAAACGUGGUCGCUUUGAUGGAGGCGGUUUUGGUGGAGGACGCGGUGGCGGUUACGGUGGAGGAAGUGGCUUUGGCGGUGGACGUAGUGGUGGUUAUGGAGGAGGUGGCGGCUUCGGUGGUGGACGCAGUGGUGGUUAUGGAGGUGGUGGUCCCAAUUGGAAUAGAGGUGGUUUUGGACGUAGUGGUUAUGGAAAUCGUCGAUUUUAAUUCAUAUGAUAUUCAACCAAUAUUUUAUUCUCAAAUCGUAUAUAAUUUAAUUGGAAUAUAUACAAAUUAUUUAAGACAUGCUAUAUACCUAAUAAUAAACAUAUAAAAUAUGACUGGAAAA